AUGCUUCUUCAGAUACUGACAGCACUGCUCUACGCGUCUUUCGCGAAUGGGCAGCGUGAACUCCACACGACUUCUUUCGGCACCUGCAUGGACAACAGCCAGAUCACGGCGUCGGUAUUCAGAGUCUCCAUUUUCGCCAACAGGACUCUGACACUCUUCAUCAAUGGCACGAGCACCUUUCGCGGCAACGAUACCAUCGGGUUAGGAUGGUACGAAUCACGAAAAUCGAAAUAUGGAAUUACUUUCGAUCCAUGUACCGUCGAAGACUUCCCAAAUUUCUGCCCUCUUGACGCUGGCGCUCUCAAUGUGAACGUGAGCCGGACUCUGCCUGGAGAUUCACUGCCGGAAGACAUAUUCACCAAGUCUAUGCUGGAAGCCGAGUUCCGAUUUUAUAUCAACAACAGCACGACAAUGAAUAACGUCGGAUGCCUCAGAGCCGUCUUAGCGAACGGUGUCAAWCGUACUGACAUGGCCAACACGAAUUCAUCUUCUGCAAACACUACAGACGAUAUCGGAGAUGAAGACGGAGGCUCACCAGGUGGUAUUUCUUAUUUUAAUUGGACUCUCCUCGCCUCCGCUAUGGCGAUUGUAGCAAUCAGCAACAGUAUGUAG